CUGCAGCGUAUUUGCAGCAGCAGAGGACUCUAUCAUCAGACGACAUGAUAGCCCUCGUCCUGUUGGUGUGCCUUUCAGCAGGCUGCCUCGCUCAGAGGCCACAGCCGUGCGAAUCCCCACCACUGCUGACUGGAAGCCUCUACGUGUCCACCCAAAGUGAGAAGUUGAUGGCCUACGCCAAGUACAGCUAUGAUGCACUGAGACAGCGCAUCCGCCUCAGAGAGUUUGGGUCUUAUGAGAAUAAGUCCUUCCACUUUGACGCACUUCUACUCUACAAACAGGGUGUCAUGUACAAGAUUAACUACAGAAACCAAACAUGUUGCAAGAAGCGGCUGAGAAUGGACUUUCAUCCACUGGCGAUCCCAAAAAAUGCUUCUCUGCUGGGGCAAAGCGUGAUGGGCAGCUCCUCUGGUCCAGGACAGGGGCUGCUGGUUAACACCUGGGUGGGAGAGCUGCAGACCAAGAGGGGACCAGCCAAGUACAUGAGCACUGUUACAGAGUUUGGAUGCGUCCCCGUCAGCACUCUGUUCCAUUCCAGUAAAAGCGGAUGGGUGGUGACGAGCUUCUUCAACAACGUCAAUGGACUGGUAGACCCGCAACAGCUCAUCCCUCCACGCUUCUGUGGUGACGCCCAGCUGGAGGAAGAGGACAGUGAGAAUCCAGAGACCUUCUUCAGCCUGUUUUAAAAGAGAAUAUUUUCAGAAAUUCAAUGAACUGUGAUGAUCAUUCUUUUAUUUGUGUGUUUUAACAAAAGACUGAGGGUACUUACCAAUGAUGUCAUUUAUUACAGGUGAUACCAGAAAUGAUAUGAAGUAAUUUCACUUGUGGUAUAAAAAAAGAAAACAUACAUGGACUAAAUGGUUAAUUUUAUUCAUUUUUGCAAGAUAUUACAAUCUGUUUAAUGCAUAUUUUCUUCUACAAUAGACAUAUAACCAGUAAAAUGAUGGUCAAGACAAAGGAUAUAUAUCAGCAAGACUAAGAGUUUGUUUGACCUUCAAGAGAGCACUUACAUUUGUUCCUUUUUGACACCAAAAUAUUUUUUAAUUUUAUUCUUAUCUAAUAGGAAAAUUGGAAGACACACCAACACAUCCAAUCACUGAUUUGUUCAAUGCACUUAGUGUGUGUUUUCUGCAGGGGUGUAGGGGUUAAUGAGGCUUACUUCUCUGUUUUGGCUGCCUCAGUGAUGUCUUAUUGUGCUUUUUCUAUUAAACAUGUUUUUGUGGUUAAUCCAAAAA